AUGUCGUUGAAGAGAUACAUGGAGAUCGGGAGGGUAGCUCUCGUCAACUAUAGCAAAGACUACGGGAAGUUCAGUCUCUUCGUCGAUGUCAUCGAUCAGAACCAAACUGCGAUCGGGACCUAUAAUAUGGUUAGGAGCCAAAUGAACUUUUUGAGGUGGUCACCGAUAUCAAGAUUGAAAUUAGUGGUCUCCUUGUCAGAAAUUGGUCUACUAUUCAUACCGGAGAUGAGCAAGGAAAACAUUUGGAAAAAGAUCAAGGUGGUUGUCGUGAGAAGAAAUCUUGCUGAAAAAGUCAAGAGCGAGAAAGUAAAACAUUGGAAAUUCACCGGAGAAGGGAGAAUGUGA